AUGUCCAGAAGAUUCGGAAAUAAGAACGAGGAAUUUUUUUAUUUCAAUACCAAUCGCAACGCGAAAAUUCCGAAACGAUUGACCAGCAAAACUAUCAACGUAAACGCGAAAUCGGUAGCGGAGGAAUUGCCGAAAACGGAGAGGAAAAUUGCAACUCCGCAAGAUGUUAUCAAUGAUUUCUUGGAGAGCACGUCCGUGCAUGGAUUGCAGUACUUUGCUAAAAUAGAUAUCAGGGUUGGAAUCUUGGGGAAGAUUCUGUGGACUUGCGCCAUGAUGACUGGAUUUGUCUGUUUAAGCCUGAUGGUGGUGCAGUUUCUGACCCGCUACAGGGAAAAUCCAACCAAUACGUACAUCAAAACUUUCGUCGCUCCGAUAUUCGAUGUGCCGUUUCCGGCUGUGACCGUUUGCCCGCUCACCCCCGUAUCUCUUCGCAAGCAGUUGAAGAUUUUGGACAGCGCUAUCUUGCCCGAGAACAUAAGCAGGGAACUAGCGAUGGAAUUUUUGAAACGUGGUCGACAAAUAACGCUUCCCUACAUGGCGAAAACGAUCGAGCACUCCGAUAAGUUUCAAUCAUUCUUGGAAGCGAAUAAAUGGAGCUUAUUGGACUUUCUCAAGGUUUUAUACCCUUGCGACGAAAUUUUCGAAUCGUGUCGGUGGAACAGCGAACACACAGACUGCAAUAAAAUCAUCAAGUACGCUCAAACUUCUUACGGUUUGUGCUGCUCCUUUAAUUAUGUUCUGGAGAAGUACGUGGGACGCGAUAAAACGCAACCAAAAAUAAUACCACAAAGCUCGGUUAAUUUUGGUCCAUGGAGCGGUUUGAAGCUGGUGAUAAGAAAGGAAAUAUUUAGCUCUGCUCCAGAGGACAACAAUGGGACUGUGAAUCCUAGCGACGGUGGUGUCGGGCUACUUAUACAUCACAGCAUGGAGUAUCCGGGACUCAAUAACAAUUUGUAUGUUUUACAACCUGGACACAAUUUAGAGGUCGCCAUACAACCAACCAUGAUUAAGAAACCAGCCGGAAUGUACCAUCGCACCAUGGAAGGCGAAUUAGUCCCCGUCUGCAUACCGGAUGAGGAAAACAAUCUGGAGUAUUUACCGAUCUAUCGAUCUUCAAACUGUUAUACGAAUUGUAGAAUCAAGGCCAUGUUAAAUAUUUGUGGAUGCUUACCAUACACCUACGACUAUUUAACUUUUUAUCAUCAACUCAAUCAAUGCGAUACGAAUGGAUUAAUCUGUAUCCAAGAGAACAUGAAAUACAUCACCAUCGUGAAAGACACCGAAAACCAAAAUUUCUCGUGUUUCUGCAGAACACCGUGUAAUAAUGUAGAAUACGAAAGCUUUCCUAAUAUCAUAUCUCAGAUUCAUACAGGUGACUCGCCGUUUAACAACGGAUCGGUCAGAAACGCCAUUUUGACGGUCUUCAUGAAGUUGCAGUCCCACCUGAUAUUAGAAACGCUCCCGGCUGCCGACGAGAUCUACCUUUUAGCAUCGAUAGGAGGAAUUUUCAGCCUCUUCCUCGGAUGCAGCUUCCUCAGUUUAGUGGAGAUCAUUUACUUCGCCGGUUUACUCUGUCGUGCGAUUUUCUUGGAACGUAAAGCUAAAAUCGCCUCGCGAAAGGAACAAACAACGCGCGAUAAUUUUAUAAAACGACGCGCUUAUUGAUUCCCAAUAAAUUCUUUCCGUUAAUAAGCAGGCCAUUGUGUAACACUCUCCACCGAAACGGAACAAGCAAGAAUCUGGAGCAAUUUGGUCUAUUUCGAGCGAUUACUGGAGCGCCGUCAUCUCGCGUUCAUCCAACCUCAUAAAAAUAUUUACUACCUUCUGUUUUCGCUUGGAUGUUGCAUUCCCAAGAUAAAUCAUUAAAAUUAUUGUAUUAGACGAGCUCCUUAAUAAAUCAGCUCCUAUUUUGGCAAUCAGU